CUUAUACUCCGCCAUAUUUGCUGCUGCUGCUGCUGCUACAGUGUUGUUGACACCGCCAGUCUGGGGGAAAUGUCUACAUUAUCCGAGAGGGAGAAAAACAAGUUGGUGCAGGAAAAAUGCCAGAGUAUCCUCUCAGAUCUACUCAAAGACGAAGAUAACAAGUACUGCGUGGACUGUGACGCCAAAAGUCCAAGAUGGGCAUCGUGGAACCUUGGUAUUUUCUUAUGUAUACGAUGUGCUGGAAUUCACCGCAACUUGGGCGUUCACAUAUCUCGAGUUAAGAGUGUCAACCUCGAUACAUGGACGCCUCAGCAAGUUGCGUGUAUCCAGCAAAUGGGAAACAGCCGAGCUCGGGCUGUAUAUGAAGCUAACAUUCCAGACAGUUUUCGACGACCACAAAUGGACACUGCAUUAGAGCAGUUUGUUAGGGCAAAAUAUGAAGCCAAAAAAUAUAUUGCACGAGAAUGGGUACCACCCCCCAUGCCGAAUCCUACUUGGGACUUGGAACUAGAAAAGCAGUUACGGAAAAAGAAGCGAGAAAAGGCCAGUGGGACAGUAGAAUUGCCUUCUACUAUCAGUGGCCGUAGCAACACAAGAGGCUCCAGUGUCUCCCCCAAACCUUUGCCAAAAGCGCCUGGGAGUAAAAGCUCGUCUCCUUCCCCAUCCACAUUGGCUAAAAAUGCCACGUCCUCGGCCAAGGCAACCACCACUACAACCACCACCACCAGCAGUGCAACACAAGAUCUUUUAGGACUUGAUGCCUUGUCAACAAAUGGAACGACUAGCGAUAAUGCUGAUCCCUUUGGAGAAUUCCUGGCAGCACCAGCCAGUCAGUCCAGCAGCAUUAGUAGUGCACCCAGCAUAGCCUCCUCUAUUCCACCUACUACAGGUGAUUCAACUAAGGCUGAUGAAGAGAACUUCUUUAACCAGAAGUUACCUGAGGGUGGCACAGAUAAGUUGACUAAAGACUCUAUCCUUGCUCUGUAUGGCCAGGCUCCUGCACAACCUCAACCGGCAAGCAUAUUUGGUGUUCCUAGCAAUGUAUAUAUGGCAGGGCCGCCUCCUGGACAAUCUAUGGGACAACCCCCUCCUGUAAUGCAGAAUGGUGCACUGAUGUCACAGCAACAACAAAAUGUGAUGUUUAUGACUCAGGCUGGUAUACCAGGAGCAGCUGGUGUUCCUAACCCUUUCUUUGCCAAUGGAAUGCCUCAGGGUCUGCCCACAGCUAUACAGCUUUCAGCAGCAAAUCCAUUUGCUCAGAUACAGUCUCAGAUGGCAGGUCUCAACAUUGGUGCCCAAACUCCAGUAAUGGGCCAGGUUCAUAAUUUGGGAGGCGUGACCACGAUGGUGGGAGGGAUGAGUGUUGGAAGUGUGUCUGCCAGCCCGGUCACUGGCAGUAUUCCCCAGCCAAUGUCUGGCCCAGCUACGACUGCUGGCCUCGGAAUGGGUACCACCACCCUGGCCACUAAACUUUGGCAAUAACUAGGGUGUUAUUUAGGACAGAGUAUUAUCACAUCAACCUAAUUUUGUGGUGCUACACAGUGGACUGUGAUGAGCAAAGGCUAGGUAUUGCAGCAGGUGAGUGGUUGGGAGACCUCUGUGAUGAGCUGAGUAUGGAAUACAAAGGAUAAUAGACCAUGCUGAGAGUGUUGCUGUGGUGGGUUGUAAAUAAAUAACCUACAUUGAGUUUUUUUAUUGUUACACAUUCGAGAAAGAGAUACACAGUUUUUUCCCAUUAUCCAUUUUAAUAGAGGGCUCUUGAGAGGUUUACAAGAAUCAUACAUUGAUGCAAGCUGGCCAGUUUGUUGCUUAAUAUGUUCAGUAUAAAGAAUUAUAUCGCUGAAUAAAGUGAAAUUGAAUUACAUGUCAUUGAUGCUUAGUUCUUUUUCAAAUAUGAUUAUAUAAUUUCUCAUUAAUGUAAGAAAACAAGUAUUCAUAAUAAUCUGCUGUCUUAUUGUAAGAUUGUUCAUUUUAGGCUCAUCAAUUCAUUUUUCUUACAUUUGGCUGCACAGGCAUUGCUAGUUAAUUCUGGAAAUACUUUCUUACCAAACUGAAAGAAACAGUAUUGGAUAAUAGUGAAAGCACUGUAUAUCACCUGUGUAUCAAAGAAGACAAACACUCGUUUCACUGGUUAUUAUUCCCUAUAGAUUAUGAAGCCUUAAGGAGAAAUUAGUUAAAAUAGACUGCAUUUUUGUAUUGUUGAUAUUGUACUUUUGAAGAAAGUGAAGAAUUCAUUUUUUGAAAUAUAUUAUGCAGUAUCCCUGUUUCAAGGAAACUAUUGCUCCUUGCUUUUACAUUUGUAUUAACCAUGCUCUCUCCAAAUAGUAGAUUUUGACAAAGUAUUAUAUUAUGUUGACCCUGGCUGGGUUUCCAUUUUUGACAUUUGGUUCUUCAUUCUUUGGGUUUUUUGUUGCUGAGGUGCAACUGAUCAUGGGUCGUUUUUCUCAUUUUUAGUAGUUUAAUAGCAGUAAUGUCCAGUUAAAAAAGUUGGUCCUUAAUCUGUUGGAAUGCUAUUACAAGGUAUGUCUGCCAAAAAUUGAACUGGUAUGUCAAUGGUUCUGUAUAUGAGAAUGUGGAUUGGUAAAUCAUUUUGUGUUGAGGUGCUAUAUGGUUUGGAGAGUGCAUGGGCCUUACAUGUUAUACAUUAUUACUUAUAAUAUUGCCAUCUGUAUUUCAUUUGCAUUGAGUAUGUCAGGGAAAAAAUUAUGCCUCCAUUCCUGUAAUCCUAUCAGAAUUUAUAUUGUAUUUUGUAGUACAAAAAAUAAUCCCAAGUAAAUUCUAGUCAUGGAAAUUGAAUUUCCAUCUGUUAAAAGACAAAAUAGCUGUGACAGUUUUUCUCUCAUAUACCUGGUAGUAAGAUUCAUUUUAUAAGUUGGAUCACAGAAAAUUUAUUUUAUCAGAGACUUGCCCAGAUUGCUCAGAUAUUAGUAUGCAGUAAACUGCUAAACGUGUAACAAUACUCAUAUCUUUUUCUUCUGCUGUGUAUUUGUAAAGACUUGACUUGUGUAGAAGCUGUCAUUAAAAUCAACCGUAAUAUGUGAAUUUAUAGUCACCCUAAUGAGAAUUUUUUUUUAAUUUUUAUGCAUGUGAAGGAAACAAUUCUGAAUACUAGCAUUUUGGUUGAACAAUGAAAAGCUUAAGCAUUUUGGUACCUUCAUACUAGUAUGUGUGCAUAAAGUGAGGGAAUGAGUGAUGGGUGGGCAUAUUGUGGUUCAGUAGAUCAUUUGGAUUGUAAUGUCCAUGCACUUCUGAAAAGAUAGCUAGGGAGUAAAUUAUGGUGAUUGUGUUUUUCUUUGGGCCAUUUUUGCCUUGGGAAUUGGCUGAUGUGUUCAAGUGGAUGAAACAGUAUUUUGAUGGAUGGGAUUAUAUAUAAUGACAUGAAAUACAAGUGAAUUUGGAACAAGUAAUCUCUUGGUUAACUGCAAUGUAGUAGUAGGGGGCUUAUAGACAGGGCAACUGCACUCUCCCUGUGGAAUCAACUUGGUUUUGGACCAGUCUUGUGAAGAGUGAAUUUGUCAUUGAACAUAGCUAUUAAUAUAUUAUUAUUUGUUCAAUCAGUGAUUUGCAUAUGAAAAUUUUCCUGUAUUUUUACCAGUCUGUAGGAUAAUUUGAAUUGAUAACAUGAAUAAACAGCAUUUCAAUUCUAGCCAGAGAUAAUGCUCUAUAUGCAUCCUAAAUUUUAAUAUUCAUACUAGAUUUUUCCAAACUGUCCUAUCAAAAAUAUAUCACAUUGUUUACAAGGGAUCAGCAAAUUUUCUAAUAACAAACAGUAAAGUAAAUGUGUGUUGCUUACAUGUUUACAUUUAAGCAUAUGUGAGCAGUACUUGGAAAAGAGACAGGAACUGUUUAUUGCAUUUAUGAAUUUCAAAAUGGCAUUUGAUGGGUAAAUAGGGAAAUAUUGUGACUGCAGUUCAAUUAUAUAGAAAAGGUGGAAAGUUGUGUAGUUUUAAAAAUAGGUUAGAUAAAUACAUGAGUGGGUGUGGGUGGAUGUGAGUUGGACCUGACUAGCUUGUGCUGCUGGGUCUGGUGCAGUGCUCCAUCCUUGAGUGGAGAUGAUCAGACUGGGUGGGUCAUUGGGCUACUCCGGGGGGGGGGGGUCAUUGGUCUAAUUCAGGGGGAGACAUGGACCUGCUCUGCAUGGGUCAGUAGGCCUGUUGCAGUGCUCCUUCUUUCUUAUGUUCUUAUUAUUUUUAUGAGGAGAUAGUCUCAGGUUAGUGACUUGUUCUCCCUUUCCUUGGAUCAAACCCAGUUGCCUCAUUCCCUAGACACUGUAUGACCCCUACAGAUUUAUGUGUUCCCCUAAAUAUAUAAAGUUAGGGUAUAUAAGAGAAUUUUCUCCAUGGGGAAGUGGAACAGAAUUCUUCCUCCGUAAGCCAUGCAUGUUGUAAGAGGCGACUAAAAUGCUGUGAGCAAGGGGCUAGUAACCCCUUCUCCUGUAUAUAUUACUAAAUAUAAAGGGAGAAACUUUUGUUUUACCUUUUGGGUCACCCCACCUCAGUGGGAUACGGCUGGUGCGUUGAAAGAUGAUGAUGAUAUAAGAGAAUUUCUAGGAAGGAAUUUUUUGGCAUUAGUACAUUUUGCACAAUAACCUGUUUUCCUAAAAUGAAUAAAAAAAGCACUGGACUCCUGUCCAAUAAAUAUAGGAUAUUUAUGCUGUUCUAUUUUGGGCUUGAAGUUUCCUCAUAUGUUCUGUAUAAGUUGUUAAAACCUUUGCGAGACACCAAAUAAGCACAUCCCAGUGAUACUGAUAAUUUUUGUUAUCAGUUUCUCUUCGCUAAGAUAUGAUUUUUUAAAAUAUUCACAAUAAAAUAUUUUAGAUCUUCAAGGAGGUUAGAGAUAUUGCCAUUACAGUGUAUAGAAAUACUAAUUCUCAAAUUUCCAUUUCUGUUGAGUUCUACAGUUCAUUUUCUUGCACAAAGCUUUAUUGAUGAACAUAUAUAGGGUUUGUAAGUUGAAUAAAUUCUUAGUAAACUUAUCAGAUUCACUAAUAAAGAACUCAGGACUCUGAGAAAACCAAAAUACAUUACGUUUAACUCAUUUUUGGUGGUUCACAUAAUAAUGCAUAUAGCAGCAUAUGAUUAUAGGUUUUCAAUAAACAUUAAAUAUAAAGAAGACCUAUCAUUUCUAUAGAUAUUUUUGUUCAUGAAUUGAUUAACUCAGUCAUUUCAUAAUAUAAUUGUGACUGCUUUGAGAGUUCUACUCACAGCCUGGCCAUGGAAGGAUACAAUAUAUUGACACUUAGGGGGCUUCACAUCUUUCCAUACAUGAACAAAGACAGAGUACAUAAUCAACAUAUCAACCAUUUGACAUUAGUUGGGGAAAUUUAAAAAAAAACUGAUAUAAAAUAUUCCAGUAUUGUACACAUUACUUAAUACAGUUGAGAAGGAAUUUCCAAUGGCCAUAGUCAAUUUCUGAAAGUGCUGUAGAAAUUUUCAUUAAUCAUGUAAUAGAUUACAAUAUAGUUUUAUCAGUUCUAUGACUAAAUUGACAUCCUAGGGAAAAUAGUGUUGUGGAAGUUCUCCAGCAAAAAAUUUUUUGAGUGUUCACAUGGAACCUUGAUAAACACAAACCUACCUCAUGGCAAACAUUUAAGUUGAUGUCUGUGGCCAUGGAGGAAAGACAUGAUUUUCUUGUUGGUCCUCUCUGUAAAAUAUACAUUUACAGGUGCAAGAAGUCCUCUCAUUAGUCUUUUCUGCAUUCAUCUUUCAGAGCACAUUUCAGUUGCAAUCCUUAACUUGUUCAAAUUUUAGUAGAAAUGUGUUCAGCUGAGGCUUGAUAGUCUUGUUCAAGGUAAUGAAACUGGAGACAUUACUGAUAAAACAUAUUUGAUGCAUUUCUUACUUUAUAAUGGGGAUCAUUAUAAUAGAUUUUCCGAAUGUUUAAUGCAACAUUACUGUGAUUAUUUUAAGGAUAUUUAUACUGUGUUACCAUCAGAGUGAAUACCACACGUGAGAAUCUUCCUUAGUUGUGAUAGGAGAAAUAUUGUGUUUCAGAUGAAAGGACUUGCCUAUAAUUUACAUCCUUAUGAAAUAAGUGCAUUAAUAAAAUUAGUUGUGUAACAUAAAAAAGAAGUCACAGUACCAUGGCUGGAAUAAGUUACAAAUAACAAACACUUAGAGAAGAAACUUAAUUGAUAUUUUUAAAUCCACCCUGGACUAUAGUCAAGUCGACAUGACUCACGAAAUCGUAAUGACACGGUUGCAAACAAACCAUACCAGGAGCGGGGAUAGAACCCACGAUCUGAGUCAUAAAACUCCAGAUUGACGCGCUAGCCACUGGCUAGCACAUUAGUCUGGAGUUUUAUGACUCUCAGAUCGCGGGUUCUAUCCCCACCCGUGGUAUGGUUUCUAUAGUCAAGUCACUUGAUUAUGGCCCAAGAUGAACCAGAACAUUGACAAAAUUUUGUUUCAGCGUGCAGGUUAUUUGUGAAUUUCUAGAAUUAUUUGUGUUAGCUUCCUUCAUAUGUUCAGUGCCCAACAACUUGCCUGGUGCUUUUAGUACAGAAGCAUAACACUUGUACUUUGCAAUAUCAUUUGUAAAUAUGAGUCAUUUUAUUUGAUCUAUGAAUGUGGGGGUAUGAGUGUGGGUGGGUGUGUGUGUGUGUUGUGUAUGUACUGUGUAUAUAAAUUAGUAAAUACAUUUCUUGGAAUUAAAAACACUGUUUAUGCUUUUCCUUUAUGUUGCAGUCUAAGCUGUUCAUUGCUCAUCCACUUUUAAUGUCUAGCCAGCUCCUUUUUUUCUCCAUACAUGAGUUAUGUUGUCACAAAUCAUUAUCAGUUUGCUUACUAAAUUUUAUACAUAGUUGUUCUGUGAACUUUAAUAGAGAAGUAAUCAUCCCAAUGAACAAGGUUUUGGAGGCAUCAAUUUACAACCCCAUUAGAUCAAGAUAGGUGGCUCAUUCAUCAUGCCAGUAUUUGUUAGAGGCAGUGCAAAAAUGGUCUCAAAUUAUAUUACAUAAAGUAGACUUUAUUUCACAAAAUUGGCUUUAAAUUAUAUCAAGUGCAUACCACAGAAAUGGUCUCAAAUUAUAAUGAGAGAAUACAACAAAAAAAAUUAUCCUCUAUUCAUUGAAGAAGAAAUUUUCCAUUACAUUACCUAAAUGGUUAACUCGAACUGGGUACCGUAAAUCCACAGAAUAGUAUUAGUAAUGGUGAACUAUAAAUUCAUGCAUAAUCUUAAUUUUUAAUUUUAUUAAUACUAAUCAGUAUUCACAUACACAUUUUGUAGCACUCACAGCUUAAUGCACCUCAAAAACAUCUUUACUAGACAUUGUUAUUGAUAAUUGUAAAAAUCUUGUCAAGAUAUUUGAAUCUGGGACAGAUAACCAUGAAAUCUUAUUUCCAGAUGUUAGGUACUGACACAGAUGAAAAAAUAAAUGAAAGCAUGAAUAUAAGGUAAUUUAUCUCAGCUUUCUCUAUUCUCCAGCCAAUGUCCUCAGUGAGAUUUUAUAAAAAAUUUGUACAAAAUGGAUAGUAUGAUGUGUGAAUAUCACAUGUGCUGAACAACUUGCAAUGUUGGAUGGUUAUUUAUAGAAACAAAGCAAGAAAAUGUAGAAGAAAUAUAUAUUAUGUACAAAAUUAAUUAAAAAUGUUUUACAUAGUACUGGACAAUGUGAUAAAAAUGACCGUAAUUGUAGGAAAGACGUAAGUGUCUCUUCUGCUCUAGUUCUUUUGACAGAGCUGCCCAAGCCUUAUAGGUUUAGUGUCUUUAAUAUAAUUUCUUUUCGCAUCCUUGACAAAAGACCUUUUACUUAUGUAAUACAGAGUCGCUCGAUUCCAUUAAUCAACUGGAGAUUUAAAAUUUUCUUCCAUCAAUACUUUUUCUAAGAACAGGCAAGAAGACUAAUGAUAUUAUUUAUCGUGUGCAAAAAAAAUAUAUUUAGUAAAUUAUUCACAUCACUAGGAACACUAAUGCUUCAACUUGUAUUUUUAAACCAUUGUAUUAUAUUGUCUCUAAUAACUUGUAUUUUUUUGUAGUAUGGUUCAAGUGAUAAUUAAAAUCUUUCGACAGAAUUUUUUACUAUGCUAAUUAUGUACAAAAUUUGUAAAAGAGGACCACCUGGAAUGACAUGAAAACUAAUUAACUAAUAAAGUACAGUAACAUAAAUGGCAAUAAACAAAAGAAUUUAUCAAAUUACAAUAUAGAGAAUAAACAAAAGUGUUUAAACAUCACUAGUAAGAGUGAAUUGACAGAGAGACAGUAAAAUAGUAACUGAAACAAGUAUUGUAUAUUUUAGCCCUUCUCCAAGGUCCUCUUCAGAAAACAGAAUUAAUAUUGUUAUUUUUUUUAUCACUGGCUCUCUCACCAAGGCUGGGUUACCCAACUAAAAAAAAACUUCAUUGUUACUCAUCCAGUCACUGUCUUGCCAGAAGGGUACUGAUAUCACAGUUCGGAUGACCCUCCAGACUGCAACGUCCACACCUCUUGAGAGUUCAGGCAAUAUUUCUCACCUCCAGGAUUCAAGUUCAGCAAACAGGUUUUCCUAAAAUCCUUCCUAAGUGUUACCUUGCUCACACUCCAACAGCAUGGCAAAUCAUAAAAAUCACUUGCCUCCACUCACUCCUAUCUAACAUGCUUACACAAGCUUGUUGGAUGUCCAAGCCCUAGCACUCAAAACCUCCUUUACUCCCUCCAGCUUUUUCUUUAAUGACUCCUACCUCUACUACCCUCCACCUCCAGAUUUAUAUGCUCUUCUAGUCAUCCUAUUUUUCUCCAUCCUCUCAUGUCUGAACCACCCCAAACCCUCCUCAGCCCCUCUGAAUAAUACUUAUGGUAAUGCCACACUUUCUUCUAAACUCCAAAUUCUCUGCAUAUUAUUCACAUUCCCCGCCUCCCUACAAAAUUUAAAAUCUAUGCUUCACACCCUUACAACAGUGUUGGUACCACUGUACUUAGGCACAUUCCCUUCUCCUCCCCCUCCCCACUUCUUUUUUUUUAAUUCAGUCAUCUCCCACCAAGGUAAGGUUACCCAGAGAAAAGGAAGCACAUUCACUGUCACUCAUUCAGUUGCUGUCUUGCCAAAAGUGUACUGACAUCAUGAUUCAGAUCACCUUUCAACUGCAACAUUCUAAGCUUUCCCUCAGAGUGCAGGCACUGCUCUUCCCACCUCCAGAACUCUAGUCCAGCUAACUGAUUUCCCUGAAUCCCUUCAUAAAUGUUGCUCUGCUCUCUCCAUCAUCAUGUCCAUUAUUACUUAUUUUUUAACACCAACCAUCCCCUACUGAGGUAGGAUAACCUGAAAAAGAAGGAACACUUUCAUCAUCACUAUCUUGCCAGAGGUGUGCCAAAACUACAGUUCAAAACUGCAGAUAUCUCCAUCCCAUCCAUCAAAGUGCAGGCACUGUACUUCCCACUUCCAUUAUUAUUAUUAUUCUUUCUUUCAACACACCAGCCGUAUCCCACCGAGGUGGGGUGGCCCAAAAGGAAAAACAAAGUUUCUCCUUUCACAUUUAGUAAUAUAUACAGGAGAAGGGGUUACUAGCCCCUUGCUCCUGGCAUUUUAGUCGCCUCUUACAACACGCAUAACUUACGGAGGAAGAAUUCUUUUCCACUUCCCCAUGGAGAUAAGAGGAAAUAAACAAGAACAAGAACUAGUAAGAAAAUAGAAGAAAACCCAGAGGGGUGUGUAUAUAUAUAUGCUUGUACAUGUAUGUGUAGUGUGACCUAAGUGUAAGUAGAAGUAGCAAGACGUAUCUGAAACCUUGCAUGUUUAUGAGACAGAAAAAACCAGCAAUCCUACCAUCAUGUAAAACAAUUACAGGCUUUCAUUUUACAUUUACUUGGCAGGAUGGUAGUACCUCCCUGGGCGGCUGCUGUCUACCAACCUACUACCUAGUUCCAUUAUUAUUAUUUUUUUUUUUUUUCAACAAGUCGGCUGUCUCCCACCAAGGCAGGGUGACCCAAAAAAGAAAGAAAAUCCCCAAAAAGAAAAUGCUUUCAUCAUCAUUCAACACUUUCACCACACUCACACAUUAUCACUGUUUUUGCAGAGGUGCUCAGAAUACAACAGCUUAGAAGCAUAUACGUAUAAAGAUACACAACAUAUCCCUCCAAACUGCCAAUAUCCCAAACCCCUCCUUUAAAGUGCAGGCAUUGUACUUCCCAUUUCCAGGACUCAAGUCCGACUAUAUGAAAAUAACCGGUUUCCCUGAAUCCCUUCACUAAAUAUUGCUCUGCUCACACUCCAACAGAUCGUCAGGUCCCAAGUACCAUUCGUCUCCAUUCACUCCUAUCUAACAUGCUCACACACGCUUGCUGGAAGUCCAAGCUCCUCGCCCACAAAACCACCUCUAUCCCCCCCUCUCCAACCCUUUCAAGGACAACCCCUACCCCGCCUUACUUCCCCUAUAGAUUUAUAUGCUUUCCAUGUCAUUCUACUUUGAUCCAUUCUCUCUAAAUGACCAAACCACCUCAACAACCCCUCGUCUGCCCUCUGACUAAUACUUUUAUUAACUCCACACCUUUUCCUAAUUUCCACACUCCGAAUUUUCUGCAUAAUACACCUACCAUCCAACUUACGACCGAGUUCGGUUCCGAGAAACUGGUCAUAAGUCGAAAUGGUCGUAAGUCGAACUUUACUACUGAAUAUCAACAUAACAUUUUUGUAAUGACUUUAUUUUAUUGUUUUAUUUUGGUAUUUCAUGUUUUACUUUACUUUUUAUCCUGUUAGUACUGUAUUUUAUACUGUAAGGUUUAGGAUAAACACUGUGUACAACACAAAUAGUUGUUUAUUUCCCAGAAAUUUGGCAUAAAAAACAUGGUCGUAAGUCGAGUGGUCGUAAGUCAAGCAGGUCGUAAGUCGGAUGGUAGGUGUAUUUACACCACACAUUGCCCUUAGACAGGACAUCUCCACUGCCUCCAACCGUCUCCUCGCUGCUGCAUUUACCACCCAAGCUUCACAUCCAUAUAAGAGUGUUGGUACUACUAUACUUUCAUACAUUCCCUUCUUUGCGUCCAUAGAUAACGUUUUUUGACUCCACAUAUAUCUCAA